UCGGUUCGCGCGGAAGCUGGUGGCCGCGAAUCUUGGCGGUUCAAAGAACGCGCGUCGCGCUAGUGUACCCCCGGGGCCGUGGCUAGUGUUUUGCCGUGUCCAGGUGGAUCCUUGGGGCCUGUUUGCAUCGGUUUUAGUAAUCAGCCUCUUGGUUCCGUCCCGAUUGUUCCGCGAUAAAGGUGAAAAAACCCACCGCCCCUCUCCGAAAGGGGUGGCCGCAGCAUAAAAAGUGAGGUGUGCACGCGUUAUACAACACACGUACAAGGGGGUGUGCAGGGCGGUCAGUGAAAGUGAUGCGGAUGUGUAACGGCGGGCAACAGGAGGGCCCCGGUUGCAGCCCAUGAGUGGAAAAGUCGUGUCUCAGAAACCUGAAACAAAAGACGGGUGAAUGGUCCGUUCCUUGGCGUAAGACGCGAAUCCGCGAAUCCGCGAACCGCAAAUGUCACCCGUCCACUUCCGCUCCCUUCCCCGCGCUUCAAUCGUCGUCUGGCGCAGCUAAAAUUACUCCAAAUUCUGUCUCGUCUCGCCAACCACAGUCGCGCUGCUCGAGCAAAAUCAGUAGGCGCUCUCUGGCAUCAGCCUCCCUAGACGCGGGACACAAGGCCGGUUUUCUUCCCGUCAUCGUCGUCGUCGUCGCGGUCGUGGUGGUGACUAAUGCCCUCCUCGUUCGUGUCCCCCAGGAAAGUGGAACAAUUGUGUGACUGUCGCCGUGAGCCGUGUGGUGCCAGUGUCCCGCGUACAGAUACCAUUCAUUCCUGCGUUCGCCGUUAUCAGCUAAUCUAGUUGUAGCCAAGAAAACUCAUCGGUCACACGAUUAGAAGAGCAUAAAUCCAGCGGGUCAUCCACCAACGGGCGGGCUGGCUCGUGGGCACACCAUGGCUUCCGCAAGGACAUCCGUGUUUCGGCGGAAGAUCUCCGGUUUCAUCGUUCUGAUUAUCUUUUUGUUCGUGACACUGUUUUUCUUCUACGACAAAGAAGAGAUAAAGCACGAAUCGGAGCAACCUAAUGCUCCAAACGUUGCGCGGCUUGAUCUCCUACGGAGCAAGAAAGGUUCGCGACACAAAGAUGAUUUUGAAAAAGAGUAUCCCCUGCUACUCGUGAACGAACAGCUGGUGAUAUGUUUUGAGAAUGGCACUGACUACCGGAAGCUACCAUAUGUCACGGAGAGUCCACCAACUACGGAACAGGAUCCACUGACUACGCAGCGAAACCAUCGUCGAUUACUACCAACGCUACAUCGACCGAGCACCGGAGAUUCGGCAGAACCAAUGAUCUACUUUGUCACGCCGACCUACCCAAGGCGUGAACAAAUAGCGGAAAUUAUUCGGCUCGGACAAACACUGAUGCACGUACCGUACCUCCACUGGAUCGUAGCCGAUGAUACGGACACCUGCAGCCAAACGCUCAACCAUCAUCUCAAGAAGUUCGGUAUUCCGUACACUCAGCUGGCGAGCCCGAUGCCGGAAGUGUAUCGUGCUCGCAAAAAUGCUCCACGUGGUGUUGCCAAUCGGCGGGCGGCACUGAACUGGAUUCGUACGAACGGCAAGAAAACCGGUGUGCUGUACUUUGGCGAUGACGAUAAUACAUUCGAGCUCAAGCUGUUCAGUGAGAUACGCUACACCAAGAAGGUGUCCAUGUUCCCGGUAGGAUUAAUCGGUGAUUACGCUGUCAGCACGCCAAUCGUACGAAACGGAAAAGUGGAGGGUUUCUUCGAUUCAUGGCCAGCGAAGCGCAAGUGGCCGGUCGAUAUGGCCGGAUUUGCCGUUAGCCUCGAAUAUUUAGCACUCAGUCCGAACGCCACGAUGCCGUUCCGAGCCGGCUACGAGGAGGACGAAUUUCUAAAAAGCAUCGGCCUGAAGCUACAGGACAUCGAACCAAAGGCCAAUAAUUGCACCGAGAUUUUGGUGUGGCAUACGCAAACCAAAAGCAGCAAGGCGCCAACAGUACGAAUCUCAAUGGAUCGACAGAAGCUCGAUAGGUUAAACCUUGGCCCGGUGCUGAAACAGCUUGAAAUCAUGGGCGUUAAUCGUAUCAGUGAAACGGAAGGUACCACUGCGCAGGCAAUCGUUGAAGGGAGUGUUAAGCCGUUAUCAUACUGGUUCAGCUAAUUCAAAGCCACCAUUGACAUCAGAAACAACGCCAGCAUUGUGGCCUCACUAUCUCUUUCGAGGGCUCUCAAAGCGGUUGAAGCUGGUUGAAUUUUUGAAUUUCAUGUAAUUAGUGGCUUUUGUCAAAUAUUUCUCCACUAUCCGUGUUUGUGUUGCAUCUGAGAUGUUAUUUUUAAUGUUUAUUAGCGCGUGAAUAUAUUUUAGUUUAUUGCUUUGGCUGAUCAUCAAGUACUAAGCAUAAUCGAUUCUUGUAGAUAGAUUUCAUAUUUCACCUUCGAGAUUAGAUAAGAUCAAUCGCAGUCUAGAUAUUUUACACCUUCCAAGCUUCAGUAAUUGAUCAUCGUAUCUGAAUAGGAUCAAUUCAAUGAUAGGUUUAGCUUCCAAAGCAAUCGAUUCAGUCAUGCCAAAUAUAUUGCUUGGUCAUACCAUAAAAAGUCAGUCCGCACGAUCAACUUCAUCGAGAAAGGUUGUCAUCGCGAGUACGAUUCGCUUAGCGAGAAAAUGUCGCAUAGCCAAGAUAUACAAUCAAUUUUUUUUUUAAACUUGACGUUAGAAUAGCCAGAUUUGAUAGAUAAGACCACCAGGAAAAACAGGGGCUGCAAGGAAAGCGCGAGCAAAGUGGUUAAUUUUUAUCAUGCUAGUUUUAAAUAUCAACAUUUAGUAUAACUUUUAACUGCAAAACAGCACUGGUCGAUGUAGACUUAGUUAUUGUUAUUUUAUGUUUUCAAAUAAGUACUCAAUCCAACGCACAACCAUACGGUUCCAGGAGCAACUAAUGUGAUGGAUAAAGAUAUUCUCAACCUACAUUUGAAUUGAUGGCGUAUUCCAACCCUAUGGAUCUGAUGAUUAUUUAAGUGUAACGGUGUAUCAUGGUUUAAAAGUAUGACUAGCAAUUUGUCCCUAUUUUAUUCUAAUGAACACUGUUGAUUUUGGUAGCUCAAAUAUCGGAUGUACGUGGAGGAAGAUUGUGAUCGAAAUUUGGAACUUGCACAAGAGAAAGAAUUUUAUCAUUUCCAUCUUCCAGGUUUCUCGUUAGCAAGCUUAAAAAGACAAAUGAUCUUGUGCCCAGAAAUAGGAGACGUUGAGCGUGUCUUGUGAAAUGUGACAUUUUAAACUAGCAUUCCACAGCUAUGCUUGACACUGAAAAGAGCAAAGUUCUAUAAUUCGUGAUCAAACACUAGUCUCAUUUGAGCUUUGCAAGGCGAACGUCAAGUGCACAAACAACAUAGAAUGUGCUUACAUUUCCUGGGCUUGGGGUACAGGUUUUAGUUUAUUCGGUUCGUGGCUUAGACUUUAGGUUUCCUGUGAUAUUAGUUUAGCGACAUUAAGACGAACGCAUUGGAGAACGAACGGUGGUUGGACCCAAAAAGAACCGUAACCGGAUAAAAAUAGAAACCUACUGCUAUACUGCAGUUGAGAUUGCCGAUCCAUCGGUAUGAAGGAAGUGUGCCACAAGCGACAUCAUGCGACUAUCCGAUAAUUAGUUUCCCAAAUGAUCCACAGAAUAUCGCACUGGCAAUAAUGUAUCAACGUGCACGGAAAAAGCAAAAGACAGCUCUAAGGAACCCCUCUAGAGAUUAAUAUAAAGCUUAAUUUUAAAGUUACUUAGGAAUACGUUCUAAACAUUGUUUGCUUCCUUCCAAUGACUACGUUCUGGUAAUUCAAAAUCGUUCCUGCUCCCAACCGGUGUGCGCAUAGUAAAUGUAAAAUAUAUUCACUCUCUCUUUCGAAAAGCCGCUAUGGCUCAACAAAUGUGGGAAUGGAUGCAUAAAAUCGUUUUAUCUUUAACGUUUUUCUAAUACGUAAAAACCGGGUGUUAGACAAUGAUAGAUGGUGGAAGCAAAGCAAAUUUUUGAUAUUUCCCGAUCAGGGGCGUGUAAAUCGAACAAAAUGAAAUAAGAACAAUAAGGUUGGAUUGCGGAAAAGA